AAUAUUAUUUCCAGUUAACUUAAACUUGCCAAAAAAGCGGAAAGAGCCCUCUAAGUUUUCAAAUUUAAAACAAGGCGCUAGGAUAAGACCCAACUCUUUCUCUCUCUGCCAUUUUCAUACUCAAAUUCACUCAAAAACUUCUAUACAUAUACUCAGUGGAAAUUUAGUUCUCUUUGCUCUAAAGAUCUUGGAAUUAGGGUUUUGGUUGAUUUGCCAAGAAGGCAGAAAUGGUUGGUGAAGAUAAAGGAGAUAGCGAUGGUGCUUAUGCUAUUUUGGGUUUGUCGGCUGAAAAUGGUCAAACUGUAAAGAAACUGAAGGGCCCCCCAGUUAAAGUCGAGAAUGGUGAUACUGAUACAAAUGCUGGUGGGUCAUCAGGCAAUGUUUGUCGUACUUACAAGAGGCGGAAGCGUAUGAAAGUAGUAGAAAAUGGCAACGUUCCGGGGCACUCUUCUGGUCAAAGUUCUAAUAAGUCAAUGAAUGAACCACUAGAUACAGCUCUUAACAAAAGUUCUUGCACACAAGCUAGUGUAGAUCAUGUGAAACCACCUGGUCUUCUGAAUGAUUCCAGUUAUGGGCUUGUUAGAAAUUGGAAGGCUGCUGCUCUGAAGCAGAUGUUUCAAUCAUUAGAGAGUGAUGGUGGUUUGAAAGGAUGUAUUCAAGAGGCACUGGCAUCACAUUCAGAAGCUGGUUGUGCUGUUGAAGCUAAGGAAUCUGGAAAAUGCUGUGCAGAUGGGAACAGAUGUUCUCCGCCAUCACAGUUUGUAUCUCAAGGAAUCCAGAAUGGAACAAAAACAGUGUCUAAUGGAUCAGUGGAUGAGCCAAAAAGUUGCACUGCGACAGAGCUCUGCCAGCACAUGUUUCUUGAUAUUGUCAAAUCAGAAAAGUUUGCUCAACUAUGUCAUGUGCUCUUUGAAAAUUUUGAAGGCAUGAAGGCUGACAAAGUUUUUGAUAUCAGUCUUAUUCACUCAAGGAUGAAAGAUGGAUCUUAUGAGGGCUCAUCCCUCCUUUUUCACUCAGAUAUUCAACAGAUGUGGGCAAAGCUUCAUGAAGUUGGCAGUGAAAUGAUUGCUCUUUCAAAGAGCCUUUCAGAAAUAUCAAGGGCUUGUUUCCGUGCUCAGGUGAGCAGUUCAAUGCUUGAAAACACUGAAGAUGCAAAAGAGGAGUUAGUUGCUAAAAUGGAACAAGCAGAGACCUAUGGUGUAAAUAAAAGAUGUGCUUGCCAAUGUUGUGGGGAAAAAGCAGAUGGCACGGAUAGUUUAGCUUGUGAUUCAUGUGAGGAGAUUUACCAUGUCUCUUGUGUUGAGCCUAUUGUUAAAGAUAUUCCCCUAAGAAGUUGGUAUUGUGCCAAAUGUACUGCGAAAGGAAUUGAAUCGCCCCAUGACAACUGUGUAGUAUGUGAAAGACUCAAUGCGUCUAGAUCAGUGAUUAUUGAAGAUGUGGUUGAAGACCUUACAUCUGAAGACAUGCUUCUUGAUUUGGAGGAGAGCGCAAGUGGUUUAGAGGAUGAAGAAAAACUGUCUGAAGGAGUUGGUGAUUUGCCGCACUGUUGCAACAUAUGUAAAACUGAGGUGAGGAGUGAUGAAGAUUUUAGAGAAUGUGGUCAUCCCUUCUGCCCUCACAAAUAUUACCAUGAGAGGUGCUUGACUAGAAAGCAGUUGGAUGUUUAUGGCCCUUGCUGGUACUGCCCGUCGUGUCUCUGUAGAGCUUGCCUUAAAGAUUGUGAUGAUGACAAAAUUGUACUUUGUGACGGCUGCGAUCAUGCUUAUCAUAUUUUCUGCAUGCAGCCACCACAGACUUCAAUACCUAGUGGGAAAUGGUUUUGCAAAAAAUGUAAUGUGCAGAUACAGCGUAUACACAAAGCAAAAAGGACAUUUGAGACUUUGCAAAAUGAAUUGAAGAAGAAAAAUGAACAAUGUGCAGGAUUAGGUGUACCAAAAGGUAAGAAUGAGGAAGGUUCACAUAAAUCUGGAGGCGUGGAAAUGCUUCUAAAUGCUGCUAAAACUCUGAACUGCCAGGAGGAAUCAGCUGCUUUAGGAUCAAAAGACCGAUAGGACUCGAUUAUUGCAUGAAUCAUGGUAGCUCUGUAUACAACGGAUGUGGUUCCAGUCCAGUUGACAGUAGUACAUGACCUGGUUACUGGUUCUUUGUGGCCUGUAAGAAAGAUACAAGUGGUAAACUGACUUUCAGAUUUUGGUAGCAUACAAUUUCUUGUCUAACUGAUAGUCCUAACAAGCCAUGCCUGUAGUGUUUCAGAUUGUAUUUUCUGGUACAUAUUCUUUCUUGGGAUAAUCAGCAACUGAUGUUCCAUUUGUUGUAAAAUGAGAAGAGCAUACAGAUUAGCUCACUUUCUGAAUAUCAAAGUGAAGUACUCUAUCCUGAUCUGUUGUAAUAUGCUAUUGCUGCGUCGACUGUAUCAAUUUAAAUAGGGUCAUAAUUAGCAUGCUUUAUAUCAAGUUACGUGCGGCUCUAUCCGUCUAUUUUCA